UGUAUAUUUUUCAAAAUGAAUUUAAAAUAUUUGUUUUAUUUCGCUUUAUUUUGUGAAGUGGUAACUUAUACCGAAGCUUUGAAAGCGAAGGAUCCGGGCGUAUGUGUGGUAUCAAGAAGCGUUCGUAAAACGCGGGCAAAGAACUAUAGAGUGAGGAUAAAUAAGAUGUGCGGCGCCAAACGAUGCAUCGUUGUAAAGACAAAAGUUGAGGUAUACAAGCAGACGCAGAACGAAACAGUUUGCUGCAAUGGCUGGAUAUACGAGAGCCAAGCCGACGCGUGCUCACCUUCCUGCAGCACAGGAUGCAACGGAGGAAGAUGCAUCGCACCGGAAGUUUGCCAGUGUGACCCUCCUGCAAUUUUACACCCGGAACAUAAAAAUACCUGUUUCACUCCCACGUGUGAACCCAGUUGUCUGAAUGGAAUCUGUGUGGCACCAAACACGUGUUCCUGCCAUAAGGGUUACGAAAACAUUAACGGUAGAUGCCAACCAAAGUGUGAAGAAUGUAUAAAUGGAGAGUGUAAAACUCCAAACAAUUGUGAGUGUUAUGCCGGUUACAAUAAGGCUGACGGUGUUUGCAAGCCUAUGUGUGAUGGAUGUAAGAAUGGAGUUUGCAAUGCUCCAUAUACAUGUGAAUGCAAUGAAGGCUACGUGAAGAAUGUCACCAAUAACAAUUGUUACAAACCUUGUCCGGACGACUGUAAGAGUUGCGAUGAUGAGGGAAUUUGUGGAGACGGUGUUUGCGGACGCCGAUUACGAAAACCGGUAUUAGCAUGCUGUAAUGAUUGGGUGUAUAAAAAUUCAAGAUGCCGACCAAAAUGUAAAAAUGACUGCCCAGGAGGCGAAUGUGUUGCUCCAUAUAAGUGUGUGUGCAAACCACCGGACGUACUAAACGAUAAAGGUGCUUGCGUCCCAAAAUGUGACUUCACUUGUGUUAAUGGAACAUGUACAGGGAACAACAUGUGUACAUGCAAGAACGGCUACACAAAGAUAAGCCAGUAUAAAUGCAUACCAGAAUGUAAACAAACUUGCGUCAAUAGCAUAUGUGAAGAGCCUGAUGUAUGCCGGUGCUUAGACGGUUAUAGAUCGAUAAGCGAAUCGGAAUGUGAACCAAUAUGUAAUCAAUGUGAAAAUGGCAAAUGCGUCGCCCCAAACGACUGCGUAUGUAACAGCGGCUAUGAAAAGAAAAACGGAAGAUGUGAGCCAAAAUGUGAUGGUGAAUGCUUAAACGGUUAUUGUUCUGAACCAAAUAUAUGCACAUGUAAUUCGGGAUUUGAAAUCGAUCCAUUGGAUAGAUUUAGUUGUCGACCGAUUUGCGACUCACCUUGCGUGAAUGCUUCUUGUGCAGCACCUAAUAUGUGCAUAUGCAAUCCAGGAUACGAGCCAGCUAAUGCGUCCAUAUGCAAACCAAAGUGUAACUUUUGCGCAAAUGGUGAUUGUAUCGGACCAAAUCAAUGUCGUUGUCAUGAAGGUUAUACCAUGAAUGGAGGCAUAUGUAAACCCCAGUGUUCAAAUGCCUGUAUUAAUGGAAUUUGCUCAGCUCCAGAUACUUGUUCGUGUGACUUAGGGUAUGAACCAAAUCCAGAUAAUAGAUUCAGUUGUCUUCCAAUAUGUGAUCCACAAUGUAUAAAUGCUUCUUGCGUGGCGCCGAAUAUGUGUACGUGCAAUUUAGGAUACGAACCAUUUAAUGCGUCAAUUUGCAAACCAAAAUGUAACUAUUGUUCAAAUGGUGAUUGUAUUGGACCAAAUGAAUGCCACUGUCACGAAGGAUAUACCAUGAAAAGAGGCAUUUGUAAGCCAGUGUGUUCAAAUAUAUGUAUUAAUGGUAUUUGCUCGGCUCCUGAUACUUGCACGUGCGUCCCGGGUUAUGUGCAUAAUCCAUUGGAUAAAUUCAGUUGUCUCCCUAUGUGUGAGUCAGAAUGUGUUAACGCUUCUUGUGUCGCACCAAAUAUGUGUAAAUGCAUCCCAGGAUACGAACCUGUUAACGAGUCGAUUUGCAAGCCAAAGUGUAGUGAUUGCUCCAAUGGUGACUGCGUAGGACCUAACGAAUGUUAUUGUCAUGAAAACUACACCAUGAUUGGUGGUAAAUGUAAGCCUUUGUGUAGUCAAGCAUGCAUCAAUGGUUAUUGCUCGGGAAUUGACACAUGCACAUGUUAUGAUGGAUUUCAAUUGGGUGAUACGGACCCAUUUCAAUGUAAUCCAAUUUGCUCACAAAAAUGUAUCAACGCAACUUGCACAAGUUUAAAUGUUUGCGAAUGUCUAGAUGGAUAUGAAAAAGCUAGCGAUAACUUUACUUGUAAGCCAAAAUGCUCAGACUGUGACAAUGGAAAAUGCGUUUCAUCUGAAGUUUGUUUCUGCAAUGAAGGAUAUAAGAUGAAAGGUGGUAAAUGCACAGCGAUUUGUUAUGAAACGUGUACAAAUGGGUAUUGUAAAUUGCCAAAUGAAUGCGCUUGCUUAGAUGGUUACGUCAAGAGUUCCAAUUAUUCUUCAGUAUGCGUUAAGUCCUGUGCUAGUUCAUGUAAUAAUGGAACUUGCAAUAGCGCAGAGGAAUGUGAAUGUGAUGCUGGGUUUGAAAAUAAAAAUAAUUCAUGCGAGCCUAUUACAAUAGUGGAAUGCAACAGCUGUGAGCACAAUUGUACUGAUGAGGAGUGUCGCUGUUUGGAUGGCCGCUUUUGUAUCUACAAUAUUGAAACCGCUAAAGUUGCCUCACCCACGGGGUUAGCUGGUCUGCAGCUGACAUGGUUGUUGGGAGGAUGCGUCGGCCUGUUGUUGCUCACUUUGGUCAUUGGAGUGAUUGGACACAUGUGGCGAAAACGUAAGGAGUACGUGACUAAAACCACGGACACUGGUAAUUCAUACGGAAGUGUUGUGUACACUGUACCAGAUACCCUGAGGAAUCGAAGUUACCCCGAUAAAGAAUUUAAUGAUCUACAUAAGGAAGUCGUUGAAGAAGUUGACGAAGACGAUGAAACGACACAAGCGGCCGAACAGCUUCUAGCAAGCAAAAUAGUAUUCGAACACGAUAAAUUCUAGUUUACGAUAAAAGCAUAAAAUUAACUAAUUAAUACUUGUGAUUCUUCAAUUAUUGUUUAAAUAUUAAUUUAUAAUUUACACUUGUAAAUUUUUUUUAUUCAUAUUAAAAUGCUAAAUUGAAAAACAAAAUUCGUGACGGACUGUAAUUUUCAAAUUCACAUUAGUAUAAUUCGAAAAUAAUUAUAAUAAUACUCCUAUUUAGUAAUACAUAUUCAAAAAACAGUGACAUGUUAUCGGCUCAGUGAAGUCGUGUUGUAUUUUUAAUUUGAACUAUUUGUAAAUAAAUAUUCAUUUUAAUGAAUCUUUUAGGAUGGGAUACGAAAAAAUAUUUGACGGGCAAUAUCAGACAGUAUCAGCCCUGGCCUUUGAUCAGGGUAGAGCGAUAUUAUCAUUCAGAUACCGACGCUUUCACUUUUCAUUUAAAAAAUCAAACACCGCUUAUGGAUCUCUGUAAAUUGGGGUCCCCUGGGGUCCCCUGGGGCCUAAAACGAUCGCUCCUCUCGCUCUGCCCCAAGGGCUGGUGCUUAUGUAAGAGAAGUCAAGUCUUGCUAAGAGUUUUUUAUUUGCCUUUCAUCUACGAUAUAAUAUGGUUCUGUUAAUUUUUAUUUAGAAAAUGUUUAAUGUACAAAAUAUUUUAUAGGUGAUUUUUUAACUAAUGUAAAUAAAUUAUUUUUGAGAUCUAUGCAGAAGUAUGUAAUAAAUUAUGAAAAGAAUUAAAUUAUACGAAAUAUGUUUUCGAAAAAUUUACAAAGGACUAUCGCUAAAUUAAAUAUAUCAAAGCUGAACAACUAGAUAGAAGAGUUAAAAGAAUUAUUGUCGAUGAUAAUUUGAUUGACAGAUAAUUGUCAUCUGGACGAUUUGUUCAUACACUACUCAAAGAUGUAUUCACUGUGAUUUGCUUUUUUGUAAAUAACAAAAUAUAUUUAUUAUGG